UGUUUGUACAUUGCCAGGCUGAGUCUGAAGUUUGUGUUCUUGAGAGGAGGAGGAAUUUGACUGGAAGACACAGACGGCUAUCGAACACACUGCCAUCAUGCUGAUUCUCCUCGCUGCCAUCUUCGCCCUUCACAUCAUCGGCAUCAUCCUUCUUCUGGUGGCUACCAUUGACAAUGCCUGGUGGGUGACUGAGACCAUAUCUACUGAUGUGUGGGCCAGGUGGAUAUACAGCAAUGGAGUGUGGAACUACACUGAUCUCCCAACAGGAUCACACUACCCAGAGGACUACCUCCAGGCGGUGCAAGCCAGCUCAGUGCUCGCCUGUAUAUUCUCCAUCCUGGGCAUCUUCGUGUUUGUAGUCCAGCUCUUCACCUUGAACAAAGGACAGAGGUUCACCAUCUCCGGCGUGUUUCAAGCCCUCGCCUGCCUCUGCAUCAUGAUCGCAGCCUCCAUCUACACGGACCGCUUCCAUCUCAACGAGAAUUUCGGCUCUUACGGUCACUGCUACAUCCUGGCGUGGAUCUCCUUUGUUCUCACGUUCAUCUCCGCCAUCACUUACUUUGUGCUACGCAAGAAGACCGCAUGAGAAUGAUGCUGGAGUUAACUCCGUUUGACUGGAUCUCUUUUAGUGAAAAAACAAACAACAAAAAAAGAUUUGUAAUUACUGAGCGAUAGACUGUAACAUUCCAAAAUGGCAGGAAAAGACAGGCACCAUCUAUUUCAGCUGCACCACAAUGGAAUAUUAUUUUCCAGUCAGUUUGGCCUAAGUACAAAAAAGUACCAAAAAAAUAUGCUUAAACAUGCACAUGAUGCUAUGAGAACGAUUAUUAAAAAUAUUUCUAGCAACCUCACGGGUUUAGUGAGCAAAAUCUGUGAUCUUCUUUGUUUGUACAUUUAAAUAUGGAUACAAGUGGAUAAAAAAAGGGGGUGAGCCUAUUAUUUUUCAUGUUCUUUUGUGAUUAUUUUAUUGCAAGUUCAUCAAUUUAAAUGCAUACACUUCCUGCGGUCACGAAUGCAAUGGCUGUGCACGGCACCGGUCCAUCGCGGCUUCUUGUACUUGUUGCGCGCCGAUGAGCGACGACACUAUGCAGAAAAAGACGGCGUCAAAAAAAUGAUAUCCGAAGGUUUGUUUCGGAAUGAUCUGGUAUUAGAAAGACAUCCGUGUUGUGUAACAGUACUAACCCUGCCCAUUCCAAGCAAUCAAUCUUUUGGAUGUAGCCACUGAAGUUAAGUAUAUAUAGUUGACAUUUUGUUAUGUAUGAAGCCAACGUCUUCAAAAUGGACCACCUUCACUGCCUUUAAAAAGUCAUUGUCGAAUUCCCCAAAGUGACGGGCAAAACUGCCGUUCCAUACCGUGUGUACAUAUGUUCCCUGUUAUGCUUUGUAUAUCUGAGGCUGUUUUGUCAUCGCGGAUGACAAUGACAGUGAUUUUUACUAUAAUAAAACUAGACUUUCCACCAA